GGACGAAACAACACAAGGCAUCGAAUCAUAGAACCAAAGAACAAAAUACGGCGCCCAAUACACGGAGAUGGCACAACAAAUCGAUUGACUUUGUCAUACUUGAAAAGCCAUUUAUCUUCACGAAAUUGCACAAAUUGACAGAUAACAGACAUGACCAUGAGGUCACGCUUCAAAUUCAGGGUGGCAUCGGCCCUUGUGAUWGCAAUCGAAUCUUUCUUUGUCUUGGAAGUAAUGACUUUUCAACCCUUCACAAGGAUUGGUCGUAUCACCUCUUCUUCGCCAUCGUCAUCGUCGCCUCUGAUAGCCUACAACCAUCUUACAGAACCCAAACCCACCCAGGCACCAUCCAUUCUUGGAUGGAUCCCCUCCUCCUCGUUCUCCCACUUGCCACUCAAAUCGAUUYKUGGAGAGAAAAAUGAGGACCAUGUUGACAGUCUGCUAGUCAAGGAUGAYGGCGAUGUCAACGAUUCUUUCAGUGGCACAAGCCAAAAAGUAGACGACAUUCUUGCUCUUCUCGACUCUGUUCCGAGCAAUCUACCAACUUCAAGGUCCCUCACGGACAAAAUCUUGGCCGCUGUUCAAACGUUAGAGGACGAAUGCCCAACGUCAAAUGAAUCGGUGCUUUCGGAACUCUCCGGAAACUGGGAACUACUGUGGACAGCCCAGGAUAGAUCGAGCGAACAAUACGUCAAGGGGGGACUCGCAAAUAGGUUUAUCAACCCCCUCGAAAACCAGAGCUAUUCCAACAACCCAUUUCGGGGACAGAACCCGCUGCGCCGACAGAAUGACGAGGACGACAGUAGCAGCAACGGCAGGGCAAACCCGAUCCUUCCCAGAGAAAUACAGGACGUCCUGGAGCGCACGGGGAUUCUGGAAGCCGCAGGGGGGACCACGCUCGCACCGAUUCGCAGCAGCCAGGGAAUCGAUCUGAGGCGGAGCCGGGUCCGAAAUGUUGUGAACGUUCAGAUCCAGAGACCGUUGCCGGUCAAGGGAUCCCUCGUCGUAGACAUUGAUUUCAAACCAAACGACCGGGACCAGAGACGCAUCGAUGUCAAGUUUGACUCAUGCCGGUUUGUCUUUCAAAACGCCAGAAUCGACCAAACGUUCAACCUCGGAAUCUUUGGUCCUAGGGGAUGGCUGCGGACCGGGUACAUCGAUGACCGAAUACGAGUCACGAGAGGUCACAAAGGAAGCGUGUUUAUUUUGUCUCGGACUGCCAAGAGAAAAUCUGUGUAGCAUCAAAGUCAAGCCAACAAACGAAACCGAUCGGAACGACGCGGCACGAGGSAAAAGAACGAAGCAGAGCUCGAGGCGCGAAAUAGAAGAAAACGAAAAGA